ACUUUACGCAUGACAAGUAUUUACGUAGCGGUGUGAAAAUAAAGUCAUAUUUCUUUGGAUGGCAAGAGUUUAAAUCAAAGUAGGACAUGUACUUUGAAGAUUAUAUAAAUAUAGAUAUUAACAAGUAUAACACUGUAGCAGUUUUAGAUAUGUUAAUACAUGAGUUAAAAGAAUGCUGGUGAAAUGGUCUAUUUCUUUAAUUCAUCAAUGAUAUGUAAAUUAGAUCAACAAUCAUGACAGAUGGGCAUUUACAGAAAGAUAAAGGAGUCUGGCACACGAACUCAGAGGUGUCCGAUUUACCGUCUAUAAACUACGAUGCGUACGGUGAAGAAGAGGUUUUAGAUGAACUUCAAGGACCUCGGAGCUGGGUGGUUCCCGCAAUUGCCAGUACAGUUUUCUGCUUUUUACCCACUGGGUUAAUUGCAUUAUAUUAUGCAAGAAAAGCACAGAAAGCUUACGAAACAGGUGACUUUCAUUCAUGGACACGGUAUAGAGGGCGUGCUCGUUUCCUCAUAUUUGUUACUUGUGUUCUCGGUAUAUUGGUUUAUAUUGUAAUCAUCGCCAUUGUGCAAGGAAUUAAACACACGAGUUCCACGUGAUAAAAUCACGUGCUUUUAGAUUCCAUGUAUUCCGCUGCAUCGAGCAAUUCUGUACAAGGAAUAAAUUAUACCAGUAUUCUGUGAUACAUUCGCGUGUUCUGUUCUGAUUUUCUGUUAUUCAAUUGCAAUAAUUAAUUUUGUGCAAGCAGUAAAACAUACAUGAGUUUAACAUAAUAAAAUAACACGUCCUUAGCUGUUUUGUAGUCAAUAGCAACGGUCGUUUUUAUGCAGGAAGUGGUGCAAAUCUAGUGAUCAAAUCACGUGUUCCUGAUUCGAUUACCGAAACAUACAAGUACCACG